CGGCAACCGGGGGUCUGGCAGGAGGGGGCAGGGCGAAGCGAAGGCCGGGGGGAUCGAGAACGGGGUGGGAGAGCCAGGCUCGGCGGGGUGAGGCCCAGGCCCAGGCCCGGGCGGGGGCAAUGGAGGAGGCGCUGCUCUCCACCCCCAUCAACCCCAACAACUUCCCAGCCAAGCUGUGGCGGUUGGUGAACAGCCCCCGGUACCGCUCGAUCCGCUGGGACGGCCGCGGCGAGGGGCUGCUCAUCGACCAGCCGCUCUUCGAGGCCGAACUCCUCAGCCCUCCCGGGCCAGGGGCCGGGGCCGGUGGCAGUGCCGGGGCUGCCGGGACUGAACCUGAGCUCUUCAAAACCACCAACUUCACCAGCUUCAUCCGGCAGCUCAACCUCUACGGCUUCCGCAAGGUGGUGCUGGGUGGCCCGGGCACGGCGGGGCCUGGGCCUGGGGGCGGCGGGCCGGCUGGCGACGGGCCGCUCCACCAUUUCCACAGCCCGCACUUCCGCCGCGACCAGCCGCAGCUGCUGGUGCACCUCAAGAGGCUCACCAGCGCCAACAAGGCCAAGCUGGCGGCCGGCCUGGAGGUGCCCUGCCGCCCACCCAACCGCUUCCAGAGGCUCCUUAUCACCUCGGCCUCUGCCUCCACCUCCCCGCUGCAGCAGCAGGAGCCGCCGCCACCGGCCGCGGGGCCCCGGCCCGAGCCUCACGGACCAGUGGCUGUUGGACAAUUUCACCGGUCAUUCCGGCGAGAUAGUUUGUCUCCUUACUCCUAUGUAACAACAUCAUCCCACAACCACAGUACUUUCCCUCUGAAAGGUUUAGAUCGGACCCCGAUUCCUUCUAGAACAUGGCAGAACUCCCUUGGAAUGCACCCUGGACAAGUGGAGACGUCUCCCACUUUUUCAGAUAAAGGAGUUCCAUUUCCUGUACUGCAGAGGUUUCCAACUGAGGUUACCUACACACUGCACCCCAGCAACACAUCUGUACAUGUUCAACAAGGUCCUCAAACCAUGGUCAACUCCUCCCAAAAAUACAGUAACUACACGCCCUCAGCGCAGUACUCCCAAGCCUACUAUCCAACAGCUGUGCUCCAGUGCUGUUCUCCUUCCACCCACAUGGAUGCCCUCAGUAGCUGUGCCACGCCCACUGCCUCUUCCUAUGCCCACUGUAACUACUUCCAGAAUCCUCCAAUGCAGUCCUCCUAUCCAGUUGAAUUUCUGCCUUCUAAUUGGUCUUGCAAUGCUACUGAUGAAAACAAAAAGACAGAAGUAAACCUAGAGGCUGUCUUUCAGAUAGUGGAUGAGUUGCAUUCCUCCCCUAAAUUGGAGAUGGUAAAAGUGGAGCCUGUUGAAAGCCAGUGUUCGACAUCUCAGCCCAACAGAGGCCAGCAUAUCCUAGCUAAUUCAAACAACAGCAACUCGUCUUCUGCCAGUCAGGCUAGCCAGCUGGAGCCACUUACUCCUGUCGGCUCAGAUAUUACCUCUUUUGUGGUGGGAACAGAACAAGCCAUUACCUGCCCUCUGCCACAGUCACCUGAGUACAUCUAUACCAUCCACACGGCUCAGCCUGUUGAAAAUAGCACAGUGCAAGAAUCUACAGCCAUUCAACAAGCCCAUGUCAAACUGAAGGAGCAACUGAGUCAGAAUCCAUCUCCAUCUUCUGUAGUGUUUGUACAGGAAGGGCUACCAUUCAGCACACACCAGGUGGAUGCCAGUAUAAAAUGCCAGACCAGUCCACCUGAGAGUAUCCUGCCUUCGGAACAAAUGGGAUUCCUCAUUUCAGAAAUGGGGCCUGCCAGCAAAGCCAGCAAAGACACAGGUUUAUCCACUCCAGCCAGACACAGAGAACGAAGAAGUAACUCACAGCAAGGGAAGUCCCCUGAUCUUCAUCUGCUGGUGGACGUGGCUUGCAAGCAGGAGCACUUUCCAAAGGAAGAAGAAUUAAAAGAGUGAGGAGUGGAUGCCAAAUGUGACGUCGUGCACUAGCUGUAGCUGGAGGCAGACUAGCCUAGCACAUGACACACUGUUGGGAUUUUUUCAGUUCUGUUAAGGAAAAAAAAAGUAUUUUUUGUUUUGUUCAUUGGAAAUUUUCUUCAUUGAGAAUUGGGAAUUUGGUAUUUAUUACAGCUGUUCAGUUCAGAUAAUUUACCUUGACAAAAUACUAAACAUCUAGCAGCCGUGCUUUUUUGCUGCUCAGAUCCCUUCCACAUGAAAAGUCCUGGCCUUCUGUUACAGUCUAGAAGCAUCUGAGAACCGCGGCAUCAGUGGCACUGGAGAGCAACGUGUUUGUGUGUGUGUGCCUACCUGUCGUGUUGCCACUCUCAACUAGCAGUCAGCACAGCUUCCGGGUCAGGGAGCUCAGUCUGUCUGUUCAAGCGAUGGUGUGAUCCUUUCAGAGACAGACACAUGAAGUCACCAAGAUCACACGUUUAAAUGGGUCAGAAAUUCUAGGGAAGAAACUUGGGGAGAGAGCUAAUUUUCUGACUGAUUAACCAGGAAAUUCUCUUACUUCCCAACCCAGCAUCCUGUUUCAAGAGCAAGGUGCCCAGUUUUUGGACUAUGCAUUACACUCAACAGCUCCUGAUUCUUUUAUAUUACGGGGAGCAUUCUUGUAUUUUCCUAGCUUUAAUUUUAUUGAAACAUUACCAUAAUGAUAAAGUUUUGUUGAUAUGUCACUUAUUUAAAUGUCUUGUAAAGAAAAUAUUUAACUUGUUUAAUAUAGCAGUAUUUAUAAAUGCUGAUAGUGUUAAUGGUUCUAAAACUUUAUAUUUUUAUUAAUAUUUCAGAAUUGAAGGAUAAAGGAUACAUAUGUAAUUUAUUUUGAAGGGGAAAUAUACAAUAUGUGAACAAAACCAUUAAGAGAUUUAAUAGUGUUUUCUUAUUUUGUAUUUUUGCACUCAGUAGGUAUAAAAUCCUCACCUACAUAAGGUUUUGUGUGCCAGUUUGGGGGAAAACUGAUUAGCAGUCAUUUGACAGAAGCUGUGCCUUGGAUAUUUUCUAGUAAUCUGUAUUUGGUUUAAGCGUCUGGGAGAUUUUUGGGUAGCGUGCUAGACUGUCAUUUUUUUCUUUCCUCUCGCUAUAGGGUUCUGAAUCUGAGCGGUAGGCUUGUGGGACUGUUCCUUAGGAGAGGUGCACAUCUUGGAUGCCCAGUUUCUGUGGUUGCACAUGCAGUAGCCUCAAGAAACUUUUUGAUCUGAAAUCUUUUAAAUUGGCUAGAGUUUAUUGAGUUCUGAGUUAUGGAGUUACUGGGUUGUGCCUCAGUUUUCCAAACAAGCACUGCAGAAACAAAAGGAAAGCCUAGGAAUAUGAAAGCAAUGAGAAAGAAAAGGCACUUGUGACAUGACUUAAAUACUUCGUUAGCUAUUGUGGUAUUACAGGUCAUUUUUCAAAAUUGCAUUGUGCCUUCCCAAUGAUGUUAAAUCCUAAAAAUGUUGAGAUCUAGGGUUCUUUUUCUCAUUUUUUUCUUUUUAAAUAAAAAGGUGAACUCUG